ACAAACAAUAAAGCAAUCAAGUUAAUUAAAGAAGGAAAUGAUGGGAGACCAGUGCAGGAAAAACUACGUUUAAAAGAACGAUUGAUAUAACCGUGGCAGAGAGAGUACAGAGACAGAAGAGUCUCAAAGAUCUCUUCUGAAGCAGGUGGUAGUUAGAUAAUCCAGGUAAGUCUUUAAUGCUAAAGAUGGGCAGGGAGGAGAGAUGGCUAAUUGUGGCCUGCUAAUCCAGCACCUCCCCCAAGUUCACCCACCUCUACAUGUCACAUACAGAAAAGACCAAGAACUAGUAUUUGGGAAGGGAGAAAAUAGUGACCAACUGGACUACUUGAGGUUCAUAUACCCUGUAUGGAAUGUAGCUGUGCCAUACCAUCUCUCUCUGUAUCCUGUUUCUGCUAUUCACACAACUAUGGGAGAAGUCCAGAAGGGUUUGUUAUCAGUCAUCGAGAAGUUAAAGGGCACUACAGAGCAAGAACUACGCAUAGUGCUUCUCGGCCUGGAUAAUGCUGGAAAAACCACUUUGCUCAAACAGCUCGCCUCUGAAGAUGUAAACACAAUCACGCCAACUCAGGGUUUCAACAUUAAAAGCGUCUCCUGCGAUGGCAUGAAGCUCAACGUGUGGGAUAUCGGAGGUCAGAGGAAGAUUCGACCGUUUUGGAAAAAGUAUCUGGAGCACACAGAUUUAUUGAUCUAUGUGAUUGACAGCGGAGACAAAAAGAGAUUUGAGGAAACAGGACUGGAGCUUUCAGAACUCAUCGAUGAGGAAAACCUCAAAGGUGUGCCAUUGCUCAUCUUUGCCAAUAAGCAGGACUUGGCCACAGCUUCACCUGCCAGUGAGAUCGCUGAGGGACUCAACCUGCACACAUACAGAGACAGAGAGUGGCAGAUUCAGGCUUGCUCUGCUGUGUCUGGGGAAGGUGUACAGGAUGGCAUGAACUGGAUCAUCAACAAUAUUGCAAAUAAGAAGAAAUGAAUCCACUACCUUAUUUUGUACAGUCACUCCAAUGUCUUUGAAAGACACUUUUUUGUAAUAACAAUAAUAAUGAGCAGCCAUCUUCAUGUCUGUAAAUUAGCUACCAACAGAAACCAUUCCUCUGUUAUCAUUUAUUCUCUUACAGAGAUUUUUUGUUGCUGUCUGACUUUUAUUUUGUGCAAACUGUCACUGUGUGUGAGAGAUAUGAAACCGGGAUAUAAAUAAUGCACAAAAGCAGAAUUUGCUGCCUAAAAUAAAGUGGAGUCUUUCAUGUAACUGUUACAAGUAUGUAGAGUUUUCGUCAGAUGUUUUUGUAGUUGUCAUAACAGGAAGAGCAGAACUCUUUGCUAAAGAUGAAAUGUGAAGAUCAUGUUUUACUGGAUUUUGUAGUCUAUGAUUAUCUUGUGUGUGUGAUUAUGUGAUGGUGGUAAUAAAUAAAAUGUUGCUGAAGUUCUUUUAAGUUGAAGUGUGUUUACUUUUUAUUUUGAUCAAAUACUUUGUUCUAUCACAUGCAGGCUAAUAUGCAAAGGUAGCUACA